AUGCAUCUCCUUCCCUUGACGGUCUCUGCUACGGCGGUCGUCUCGGCCGCUAGCAGCCCCCAUGCCAAGAGGGCGGCCAUCGACGAGUGCCUAAAAAACGCCAAAGUGCCGGUGACGGCACGCAAUUCGACCGAGUGGAAGACAGAUGCGAGCCCCUUCAACGACAGACUUCCGUACACCCCGGCUGCCAUAGCCAAACCGGCCACCGUCGAGCACAUCCAGGCCGCCGUCUUGUGCGCGGCCGAGGUGGGAGUCAAGGCCAACCCCAAGUCUGGCGGGCACAGCUACGCGUCGUUUGGCCUGGGCGGCGAGGACGGCCAUCUUGUGGUGGAGCUGGAUCGGAUGUACAACGUCACGCUCGACCCGGAGACGCACAUCGCUACGGUCCAGCCGGGAGCCAGACUCGGCCACAUCGCCACGGUUCUCUACGAGGAAGGGAAGAGAGCGUUCAGCCACGGCACUUGCCCUGGCGUCGGCGUAGGCGGACAUUCACUACACGGCGGUUUCGGCUUCAGCUCGCACUCGCACGGCCUGGCCGUCGACUGGAUAACCAGCGCAGACGUGGUGCUGGCCAACGGAUCUCUCGUCACCGCUUCCGAGACGGAGAACCCGGACCUCUUCUGGGCCCUCCGCGGCGCCGGGUCCAACUUUGGCAUCGUGGCGUCCUUCCGGUUCAAGACCUUCGCGGCGCCGCCCAACGUCACGUCCUACGAGAUCAACCUCCCCUGGACCAACUCGUCCAACGUCGUGAAGGGCUGGGGCGCGCUCCAGGAGUGGCUCCUGAACGGCGGCAUGCCCGAGGAGAUGAACAUGCGAGUGCUCGGAAACGCGUUUCAGACCCAGCUGCAAGGCCUGUAUCACGGCAACGCCUCGGCCCUUAAGACCGCAAUCCAGCCGCUCCUCGCCCUCCUGGAUGCCAACCUCUCCAGCGUCCAAGAGCACGACUGGAUGGAAGGCUUCAGGCACUACGCUUACAGUGGCGAGAUCGACAUCACGGAUCCGGGCUAUGAUCAGUCCGAGACGUUCUACUCCAAGAGCCUGGUCACCUCGGCGCUCCCGCCGGACGUGCUGGAGAGGGUGGCCGAGUACUGGAUCGAGACGGCCAACAAGGUGAGGCGGUCCUGGUACAUCAUCAUCGACAUGUACGGGGGGCCCAACUCGGCCGUCACGAGGGUCCCGCCCGGGGCCGGAUCGUACGCCUUCCGCGACCCGGAGAGGCACCUCUUCCUGUACGAGCUGUACGACCGCAGCUUCGGCCCUUACCCGGACGACGGCUUCGCCUUCUUGGACGGCUGGGUCCACGCCUUCACCGGCGGGCUGGACUCGAGCGACUGGGGCAUGUACAUCAACUACGCCGACCCCGGCCUCGACCGGGCUGAGGCCCAGGAGGUCUACUACCGGCAGAACCUGGACCGCCUCCGUCGGAUCAAGCAGCAGCUCGACCCUACCGAGCUGUUUUACUACCCGCAGGCUGUCGAGCCGGCUGAGGUGUGA